ACACACACACACACACACACGCACAGUGACUUUUUUUGUGCUUUUCCGUGGACGUGAAGUGCUGUACAAUGGAAAGUUGAUAAAAAUAACCACUCAUAAUUUCCUUUCUGUGACACGCGAACCUCCUUGUGUAAAUGUAAUAAUAAUAAUAAUAAUAAUAAUAAUAAUAAUAAUAAUAAUAAUAAUAAUAAUAAUAAUAAUAAUAAUAGUGGUAGUAGUAACAGUAGUAAUAGUAAUAAGGUAACUCUAUAUCUACAAAGGACUCGAGGCUUUAUAACUCUUUCACCGGUACAAAUUGACUCACAAAGGAGGAGGCGAGUGGAGUUCAGGGAAAGAUAAUAUAAUACAGCGAUCCGGGGAUUAUCCAGAGCCGGCCGGGCGACGCGGAAUGUAUGGAGAAUUAAAACACUAGAGGAUAUAAGGAACGCACGCGGGGUUGUAAGUGUGUGUGUGUGUGUGUGUGUGUGUGUGUGUGUGUGUGUGGAGCCGUGUUCAAGGAGGGGAUAAAUAUUGCGUAGUGCUGUGUGUAUGUGUGUGUGUGUGUGUGUGUGUGUGUGUGUGUGUGUGUAAAGUAAUAAUACGGCACCUACAUGAGACACAGACAAACAGACAGACAGACAGAGAACCACUACACACCACACAGGCCUCGAUAUUUAAACAAGACAUACUCAAAACAAUGAACAAUACUGCACAGACAAACACACAAACUAACUGCGGCAGAGAUCCAGUGUUGCACAAGCCAUGUCGCCCCAUCUUCCCCCAGGCUGUGCUCUCUCUAUCGUCCCGGCGCCUCCCCUUCCCGCCUCUGUUGGCAAUCCUGUCUUGACUUCCUGCAGGCAGCUGAUCCCUUCCUCUGCCUUAUUCCAGGAAAGACAGGCUCCCCACCACCAUCACCACCAUACCGGCACCUCCACGCUUUGUCACUGCAUCGCCAUCUCCUGCUCACCACUAUUACAGACCGCGAUUCCUUCACCACCACUUCAUCUCCAACGGAAUAUAUAACAGUACACAUUUUAUGCCUCACUGCAUGCUGGUCCCCCUUCCCCCUCUCUCCUCUGCUGCAAGAAAUCAGUGUUUGUGAUGAAUGACUCUUGUCUCUCGCCUGGAUGAUUAUGAGCUAAGACGCACCUUCAGCAGACUGUGAUGCGAGGGAUCGGUGAUUCACUUCCAAACGUCAACAACAACAUUGAUAUUUCUGCUACAAAACAACUCUCAAGAUAGUAAUGAAAAUUAUGUUUAUAAAAGAAAGCAAACUUGGAUAUUAUAGUGAAAAGUGGGACUAACGAAAUAAAAACUAACGAACGCAAUAAAAAUUGUUAUUUCAAAAAAUGUUUAAAGUGAGAUGUGUGAUAAUACUCUGACCCCAAAGAAAAAACAUGAACCCUUGAAAAUAGAAACACUCCCUUUAAUUCUACAACAAGACUGUUCAAACUCGACAAAAUCAAGAUACGCCCCAAAGACGCCAUGGUAGUAUGAAGCGAAAAUCAGCCUCCUGACAGCACACACGGUCGGCAACCUCGGCAUGGCGCAGGGUCGCAGCAAACUGUACGGGUUCAAGGUGAUCAGCAUCCUGGAUGGCAAGGGCAAGGACACGAUGCUGCGUGUCCUCACCUGGGGUACGCAGGGGAAGUCUCCGUCACAGUCCCUCGACGAGUAUCUGAACAGCCUCCCAAAGGACUCUACGGCCAGCUACCCUCACACUCGCAUCAGGUUUACUAAGCACGAGUUGAAUCAGCUACGGCAGAGUCCUUCCUGUUCUCAAUGCGACAUAACUAUGCUCUUCAAGGCCAUCAAGCUAGCCUGCGAGGGCGUGGCGGGCUUUGAGAGCCAGCGGUGGGUCGAGCCAAGCAAGGAGCUCGAGUACCUCCUCACGUGCAUCAAGAACAAGCGCAACGAAACCUUCCACGGAGCCCGAGAGAUGAGCUACUCUGAUUUCUUGCGCACAGUAGCAGAACUCCGGGAGCUGCUGGAAGCCACCCUGAUGGCUGCAGGGGACAGGUACGGCAGACAAGAGACAGAGGUGACCAAGGAGAUUGAGGGAGUCCACCGUGAGAUUGACAGGAUAAUGCAGGAGGUGCUGGGGGAAGAGGAGCUCCUGGCGAGGAAAGGUGACGCUCUGAAGAAGGAUUUCAUCGAGGAGGCGGGACGUCGGGUGAGGCAGAUGCUCGAGGCCACCGUGCACUUUGACCCCAUGUCCUUCCUAAGCGGGGCCUGCCUGCGGCCACACGUGCAGUCCAUGUUCUGCCGUGUCAGGAUCAAGCAGAAUCAACCCGGGUACAGCGACACAGAUAUCGAGUACUCGGACAUCCUAACGCUGGUGCAGGGAUCACAGGCGCCACAACCUGAGGAGACACGACCACUGGAAUCCCCACCAACCCCUGCACGUGGCGGCGCUGGACCGAUGUGGCUGCGCAUCGCGAGCACGAUACGACGCAUCUUCAGAAGUAAGGGACUAUCUAGGGAUUCACCUGAACAACCUCAAACAAUACAAACGUCCCAGGGUCGCCCACGGCUGCUAUUGGUACAGGGCGUGGCGGGUAGCGGGAAAACGACACUACUGGCGCUCAUCAUGGCUGAGUACAUGAAGGACGAGGGUCAACGCACCCUGCGAGGCCUGGGCCAGUACGAGCUACUGCUGCGUGCACAGUGCCGGGACCACCACAGCAGCUCUCUGGCCGACCUCCUGCAGCAGCUCAUGCCCGAACAGUUCAUCAAGUACCGGAACCUUCAACUGCCGCUCAUCAAGAGGUGCCGGGUGCUGUUCCUCAUUGACGGCCUGGAUGAAGCCAACGAGAACUCAGAGAAGCUUGUGCACAACAUUCUCUUUGAGGCGAAGGAUGCACCGAGCUUCACCCUCGUGUGCACGUCGCGGCCAGAGAGAGUGACAAGCUUCGUGAACAAGAUUCCGUCGCAGUACGAAGUAAUUCGCGUUGAGCUGACGGGCGUCCCGGAGAGUGAGCGGCUUACCUUCGUGCUGCGCUACCACCGCCUCAUCACCGAGCAGCUCCCUGUGUGCCGAAGGAGUGAAAAUGACCUCAAGCAUAUAAUGGAGAAGAUUGGAGCGAGAGAGCAGUUCAGACUACCUCUCAACCUCCUCUUUCUCAUCUGGAUCAUCAGCCACGAUAUCUGCAUCUCCCCUGUGACCAUCACUCAAGCGGAAUUAUACCUCAAGACCCACCAGCUAUGUCAACAAAAGCUAUUGGACAGAUUGUGUCACUCUCCCACACCAAUGGACCGAUGGACGCUUGAAAAAAACUUGCGAGAGGUGUUGCAAAUGCUCUAUCGCGUGUCCUUGGUGGGUCUUUCUCGCUGCCAGCUCUCCCUGACCAAGGAUGAAGAAGACUCCCUCAGGUCAGCGUGUGUCGCCCGAGGACUUCCUCACCAAGAGGUGUUGUCAGCCUUCCUCGGCCUGAAGGCCACAUGGACGCCUUGGGGCAUGCAGGAACAAUACUCUGCACCCCACAAGGGCCUCCAGGACUUCUAUGCAGCUUUAUGUGUUGUGCCUUUGGCAGGUAAAGGAAAUCCUAAAGCCAUGAAGCAGGAGAUCUUUGGAACAGACAAAGUGGACCUGUCACGGUUUCAGUACAUGCUGCAGCUGGUGGCGGCGCUCCUGCCCCAGCCCGUGACGGACGAGGCAGCGCAGCAGGUGGUGGACCUCCUUAAGCGGUCAGGGGUGAGGAACGAAGAUCAGUGGCUGAACAUUAUUGAAGAAACCAAGGCAGCCCCGGCAAUCGUCUCGCUUGUUGCCCAACAUUUCCCUGUACCUCAGGACAUUAUGGUGACGGACAGCCAUGUCAGGAGCUACACCGCCCUGCUGCCACACCUCCCGCCGGCACGGGUCGGGAUUGUUCUGAAUAAGGAGGUGGCUGCCGUGGCGCCCUUGCUGGACGCCCUCGCCGGCCACACCUGCACGCGGCUCAUGCUGCGCCACCACUUCAGAUACCCGCGCCCCGACACAACCUCGGACGCCAUCCUGCAGCAGGUGAAACACAGCAACACACUCGAGGGCUUUGGGGGUCACCUGAGCGAGGAGGGGGUAGGCCAGCUGCCCCCGAGCCUGAAGAGCCUGAGCGUGGCCGUGCUGGGUGGCGGGCGAGCGCGCGGCACCCUACUGGCCCUCAGCGACCAGCCCAAGAGACUGCCCCUGCUCCGGACGCUGGAAGUCCACAUGCCGCUGGGGUCCAUCACCGCCCCCUCGUCCCUCCCGCCGCUGCCUGACGCCGGGGAUGUGUCAAUCUACCUCUCGGGCCUCAGCGACGAGACUGUGGUGCUGGCGUGUAAGGUGGCGGGGGCGCUGCAACCUCCGUCAGGGUAUAUGGGCAUCUGCUUCUCUGGAGCGGCGGAGGUGACGGAGGGGGGGUGGGGGAGCCUGCUGAAGGGCCUGGCGGGGGAAGGAGUGAGGGUGAUCGGUCUGGAGGCUCCUGCGACUUGCCUCACCCACGACCAGCGACUUCGUCUCCGUCAGCAGGCCAAAACGACCCUUGGAUCCUACUUCUUCAGGAGGACAUUCGAAGACUGGUGAGGAAGACGAAGCUUAGGAAAAUGGACCCCAACCAGCAACAGGAGGAAGAAGAGGUCGACGACGAGGAGGAGGAAAAACACAACUGAAAAAAAUGUAGAAUGUUAUUAAAUGCAGUUCAAGGUGAC